GGUUUGCCUGCAAAAAAGAAUUUUAGUUUGUUUAUUUCUUGGCAAUAUAAGCUUACUAAUAGUGAUUUAAUAGUUUUAAAUAUAAUUUUAGUCACAGGGCUGUCGCAGCUAUAUGGUUUCUUCGUAAAGAAAAUAUAAGACUGGGUCAAAACAAGAAAUAACAAUGAAUAAAUCAAGGUUCUCUAUGUUGCUCUUAGAGCCAGGAGAAAUAUAUUUCGAAGAUUAUUCUUGUACUAUGAAUGAUAACAAUACAUUAACAAGUGGAAUUUUAACACCAGGUCGUUUAAAAAUCUGCUCAAAAUCUCUUGUAUUUGAACCUAGGGAUUGGGUGACACCUUUGAUAAAAUUACAUUUAAAAGAAUGUAUACAGAUAUCAGAGGUAAAUGGCUGUGAUAAGAAAAAUGUGAUAAGAGUUGAGAUGAAGCAGUAUUGUGAAAUGUUAGAAGAUAAUAUUUUAGCUCCUUACAAAUUUAAAUAUGAGAGUAAAGACUUUUAUUUCUUCUUGGACUUUGUUUCUGUGGACGAAUGUUUGUCUGAAAUGCUGCAAUUGCAUAGAGCAUCAUCUUUGCAUGCACCAGAACACAACAGUAUGAUAGCUACAAUCAUGCACUCUAGGUACAUGAGGAUGGUGUUUGAUCCUGUCAUGAUGGAUGAUUAUACAGAAGAAAUACUAUGUGAAUUUCAAGUUGAAAAAAUAUCACCUCUAGUUAGGCAUCAAGGAAAAUUAGCUCUUACACCGACUACUCUUUAUUUUCAACCCUUUAAUAAUAUUGAGUGUAGUCCUAUUUUGAAAGUGAAGCUUGCACAUGUGAAGAGAAUGUAUAAAAGAAGAUUUUUACUCAGGCAAGUUGGCCUCGAAAUAUAUAGCUCAGAAGAUAGUUCAAUACCACAUAUUUAUUUAACAUUUCAAAGUACAGAGGAUAGAAAUAAGUUAUACAAUAUUUUAGAAGGGUUACCUGAUGUGAAGUUAGAGAGAGUUCAUGUGGAGGAGAUGACACUGCAAUGGCAAAAUGGAAUUGUAUCUAAUUAUGACUAUCUCACAUAUCUUAAUUGCCUUGCAGAUCGGAGUAAAAAUGAUCUCACACAAUAUCCAGUCUUCCCAUGGGUAGUUGCCGACUACACUUCCGAUAUAUUAGAUUUGAAUAAUACAGAAACAUUCAGAGAUUUAUCAAAACCUAUGGGAGCUUUGAAUCCAGAUCGCCUAGAAAAAUUGCUAGAGAGAUAUCAUGAAAUGUGUGACCCCAAGUUUUUGUAUGGUUCACAUUAUUCUGCACCAGGCCUAGUUCUGUUUUAUUUGGUCAGAAAAUAUCCGCAGUAUAUGCUCUGCCUUCAAAAUGGAAGGUUUGACCAUCCAGACAGGAUGUUCAAUUCUGUUAAAGAUGUUUAUAGUAAUUGCUUGAGGAACAUGUCUGAUUUUAAGGAAUUGGUUCCAGAAUUCUAUGAUACUAGUGGCAAAGGUAACUUUUUGGUUAAUAAUUAUGACAUUGAUUUUGGUGAACGUCAUGAUGGGGCGAAAGUGGAUAGUGUGAAACUCCCAGCAUGGGCCAGUUCUCCGGAGGACUUUAUUAGUAAACUGCGAAUGGCGUUAGAAUCUGAUUAUGUUUCCAGGCAUUUGCAUUUGUGGAUUGAUCUCAUAUUUGGUUAUAAACAGAGAGGUGAAGAAGCUGUUAAAGCUUAUAAUGUCUUCCAUCAUGUUUGUUAUGAGGGAUCGGUCGAUCUCGAAAGUAUAUACGACAUGAAUGAUAAGCACGCUUUAGAGGUACAGAUUAUGGAGUUUGGACAAGUGCCUAAGCAAUUGUUCACGAAACCUCAUGUACGGAAAAUUGUGUCGAAAGUAGCAAAACCACUACCUAACUCAUUGCCUCAUGAAUACAGAAUGGAAUGUGUCGAUGAAAUAAAGCUGCAUAAAGAGGCAGUAACGUGUGUGCUUCGAGAUGGUUCUAGAAUUGUUUCUGUUGGAAAGGAUGGGACGUUGAAAGUAUAUGAUAUAGAUAGCAGGAAACAAAUAAGGAGUGUGAUACUUAGUACGACUCCGUUGAGCUCUUGCGUGAUGAUUGACGAACAUACCGUUGCGGCUGGCGCUUGGGAUAAUGAAAUAUACUUAUAUGACGUGGAAUAUGGAAGGGUGGUUGAAAGUUUUCGAGCCCACGAUGAUUCUGUUAGUUGCCUACUGUGGUUGGACAGAGAACGGCUUUUAAUAUCAGGAGGGUGGGAUUGUGUUGUACGUGUAUGGGGUAGUGUUGGGAAGAUGGGGCAGGCUUUGAAAGGAUUGAAGGCAGAAUUUGACCACGAUGGGAAGAUUACCGUCCUUUCUUAUAGAAGACGAAACUACGAAUUGGACAUACUAGCAGGUACGACUGACGGUGAAGUAUUCAUUUGGGAGUACAGGUCGAAGGAUUUAUUGAACAAAAUAAAGAUACAUUCGUCUCCAGUAUGCGGGGUAUCGUUUCUCUCUGCCGAUAGAAUAGUCACUCUAUGUGAAGAUGGUGAUAUGACAGUCACGGAUUUGAGCGUGGUGAAUACGGUGUUCGAGAAGCGUGUGUGCUUGGCGGGCCGCUCGCUGUGCAGCGACGGCGCGAGCGCGGUGUGGCUCGGCGCGCGCAAGCAGCUGCUGCUGUGGGACAUGCUCACGGCCACGUGCCUCGCUGAGCACGACGUGCACGAUGAUAUGGUGCAGAGUAUUUUCUUCGAUGGAAAAUCGGAAACUUUAAUAACUGCCAGUGCGGAUAAGACAAUAAAAAUAUGGAGUCUCAAUAAAAAUUCUUGACAACAAAGUUAUGCUGAAAAUCUCCAGAGUAUUGUUAGAUUAAGCUAUGAUAUUAUCCACAUGUAUCUCAGUUUUGUAUAACUAUAAAAAUAUAGUAUUUUUUAUAAUA